AUGAUCCAAGGGUUUUACGGCAAGGGCUUAUUUUAUGAAGUGAUGACCUUGUUGUCAAAAAUGAAAGACAAUAGUUACAUUCCAGACGCCGUUACUUAUGAAAUAGUUAUCCAUUCCCUUUUUGAUAAAGAUGGAAAUGAUAAAGCGGAGAAAUUUCUUCCUGAAAUGAUUGCAAGAGCAACCGAAAGUUUGCAACUGUUAUGGAGAUGGGUUCCAGAAUUGGUGAUAUAUGGUAUUGGGGCGAUUUCGGGUUAUCAGGGCCAGAUUUUUGUCGCUGUUUCGUGUUGUGCAGGGGCUGCUGUAGAUUAUGUAUUUGUUUAUUUUGCAGGCUGGAAAUGUAGACCGCGUGCAGUGGCUGCCAGACCCGCAGACGGGGUCCUCUGCUAG